CCUGGUGCUGGACCUUUCUCUCUCUGGUUUACCUGUAGGGACUGGCUGCCUUCUCUUGCUGGCUAUCUUUCUAUCUAGUCUGCUCCAUCCUACCUGCUUCUCUACUGGCUGGUUGAUAACUACAGAGCUUCCUGGUGUGAUUCUGAACUGUCUGGGCAUCUGUCUGUAAGAUUGUGUCUGGUAUCCUUUUGGAUCCUGGAACUCUUCCUGGGCCCUGUCCUACCUGACUGCCAAAUCCAUUACCUCCAUUACCAUCAAAAGGGGGGGGGGGUUGGUUUGGUUAGUGAAGGUCUAUUUACAUUAGGGUCUGGGUCUUUAGACAGCUAAGUAGUUCAGUGUAGUCUGAAUCCAAGAAGAUUCUGGUUACAGGCCAUUAAAAUCUGGAGAGGUUUUAGGUAGUUGCAUUAGAUUAGACGAUUCCAAAUCCCCUUUCACCUUCCCUUCACUAAUAAAUCCAUCAUCUAUUCUUAAUAUAACCUGGACUGUGUUUGUUACCUCAGGACAGGCUUUGCCUGGAUAGGACCUGUUAGCUGGCCUUCCCAAAAUUAUUCUUCUGAUACUUAACCAUAUUUAAACAUUUAAUAAUAUCCUCCCCAAACCACCCUACAUUACAUUACUCAGGUUUAGUUAAAACCAUGAACAUACUACAUUUAGUAACCUGGUCUACAACUUAAGAGAUGAAGGAAUAAUGGGAAAUCAUAUCAUUAUUCCUAUAUUAAUCUUUUAUAAAUUCAUAAUAAAUUAAAUCACUUUCAAAGUUAUCCUUGAAAUGUAAAAAGAAAAAAUAAGUCAAUAAUGCUUGAACAAAGAGAAAUGGGGAAGGAUUUUUGUCUCAACCUACAGCUGAGAUCUACAGAACUGAUAAGUCUCAUGAAUAUUGAGAGUCUAUGUCACUUUUUCUUUCCUACUCUUCUCCCAAGGUCUUUUUCUCUUAAUAGAUGCUGUUUCCCCCUCUCCCCACCAGGACCAAUGUGUAUGAAGGUGAAAGGUUUGGGAAUUGCCUGCCCAUUUCCUCUAUUGCUGACAGAGGAAAAUAAACCUAAGGGAAAAAGAUGAGCUGAACAGGGCUCCAGGGCCUUUCAACUACACCCAUAUAAUUGUACUUCUUGUCUAGGAAUAACCACUGUGUACACAGGGGUCUCGUGAGGGAAAUCCUUUUUUUUUUAUUAUGAGAAGUGAAUAAAAAGUAAGUUUAUUUCAGCUUCAGUGAGAGAGAUGAAGGUUAAUCAAGAAGGAGAUAAGUAUUUACAAAAGACUUAUUAUGUGCUAGGAAUUGUGCUGAGCACUUUCAAAAAAUAUUCUCAUUUGAUCCUCACAACUCUUCAAAGUUGAUGCUGCUUUUAUCCCCAUUUUACAUCUAAGGAAACAGAAAAAAAGAGGGACUCCUGGGGCCACAUAGCUAGAAAGGAAUCAAUCCCAGGCAGUACCAUGUCUGUCUUCAAUAACUCUGCUCUUUAUCCUCAGUUCCUUUUAACAGGCUUCCAAGGAUUGGAAGCCAAGUAUAGUCUGAUCUCCCUUCCCAUCUGCCUGAUCUACAUUAUUUCGAUUGCAGGAAACAUCACCAUCCUCUUCAUCAUUAGGACAGAGCCCUCACUCCACCAGCCAAUGUACUACUUUCUCUCCAUGUUAGCCCUGACAGACCUGGGUCUGUCUACUGUGACCCUACCCACUAUGGUCAGUGUGUUUUGGUUCCAUGCUCGAGAUAUCUCCUUUGUUGCUUGUGCAGUCCAAAUGUACUUCAUUCAUGUGUUCUCUAUCAUUGAGUCAGCUAUAUUGCUGGCCAUGGCAUUUGACCGUGUUGUGGCUAUCCGGGAGCCACUACGCUAUUCAGCUAUCCUCACUAAUAGUAUAAUCAUUAGGAUUGGACUUGCCAGUGCUGGAAGAGCCCUUAUCCUGGUCUUCCCAGUCCCUUUCCUCUUGAAAAGGUUGCAGUUUCAUACCAUCAGUACCCUUUCCUACCCAUUCUGUUUGCACCAGGAUCUUAUCAAGCUGACAGUGUCCAGUCGGAGGAUCAGCAGCAUCUAUGGUCUCAUGGUAGUCAUCUCUUCCAUGGGACUAGACUCAGUAUUGCUUCUUCUAUCUUAUAUGCUCAUCCUGGUCACAGUGUUGAGUGUUGCUUCUAAGACAGAGCGUUUCAAAGCUCUCAACACCUGCAUUUCUCAUAUCUGUGCUGUGCUUACCUUCUACACACCCAUGAUUGGAUUGUCCAUGAUACGUCGCUAUGGGCAGAAUGCUUCCCCAAUGGUCCAUGUGUUGAUGGCUGAUGUCUACCUGCUUGUCCCACCACUCAUGAACCCUAUUGUGUAUAGUGUCAAAACUAAGCAGAUUCGCCUGCGCAUCCUCAAGAAGUUAAAAAAACAGAAGGAAUAGGGGACUCAUUGCUUUUUCUCCUUAAUGGUGAUAAUCAAACCUCACUUUUACACGGCUUUUUAAUCUUUUCCCAAAGAGUCAUCAUAUAUGUUAUUACAUUCCUAAGUUGACUUAUUUUUUUAUUGCUAUUUUUGGUUUGUUUUCUUUCUGAAGCAAUAGAAAAUUGAGAAAAUGAGAGCUAAAAAGGAGACCCGUGUUUAGAUUAGGACAAUAAAAAGAAGGAAGAAGCUUUGUCUACUAAAUAAGAGAUGGAAAAAAGUUCUUAAAGAAACACAAGGGUUGAUUAAGCCAUGUACAAUAAAAAGUGUGCUAAGAAACAGAUGUAUUCAAAAUUGGAAUGGACUACCACUGAAACUGUGAGAUCUUCAUCACUUGAGAGAAGGAGAGAAGGAAGGAUUCUAGAUCAAUAGUUAAGAGGAACUUUAGAAGUCACCCAAUUCUCUCUCCUCAUUUAAAUAUGAAGAAAAUGAGAUCCAUGGAAAUGAAGUGACUCCUCCAAGGUCAGAAAGAUUACACAAUAAAUGGCUGAGAAUCAAUGCAUAUCUUCUAAUACAAAUCCAAAGCUUUUGUCAUGAAAACAUGCUGCCUUACUUUGAUAAUUUAAGAUUAUCAGGAGAUUAUCAUUUAUGUCCUUCCUUGAACACCUACUCUUAUCUGCAUGUGAGGGAAAGAUAGAAGCUACCCCUAAGUAUCUGGGGGAGGCAGUAGAGAGAAGAGUUGGAGAGGUUUUGAGAAAUUAACCAAGUACUUGUGAAGAGAUACUUUCUAAAUUGUAGUAACAUUGAAUGCUUUAUUUUUUAAUUUAUAAAUUUUUUUCAAUAUUUUUUUUUAUUUAUACUUAGUUGUUUGUAUGUUGUCUCCCCCAUUAGACUGUGAGCUCCCUGGGGGUAGAGAACAUUUUCUUUUUCUUUUUUUCCUUUGUAUUCUGAAUGAUUAACUCAGUGCCUGGACUCAUAAUAAAUAUUCAAUAAAGGUUUAUUGACUGAAGAGGUA